AUGGCUACAGGCACAGGUACUUCGGUGAUUUUGGGACCACUGACAACGACUUGGACACCACCACCUGGCUGCACCGUCGCUAUCGCCAGUUGCAGUCAAUGUGAUUUUGGCUGGCUAGCUCAGACAUGUUCAAAUGGCUCUACAGUUCAUGAUCAACCAACAUGUUGGCCAUCAAGGACUGCAGACGCAUACACUCCGCUGAGUCUAAUUCUCGGCGCAUGGGGUAUAUAUUCCCCAGGGGUAGUCUGUCCACAUGGAUAUUCGACUGCUUGCACAUACAAUGACCUGUCGCAGACGGGGAACUUUGACUUCUGGUUCCACCCUGGAGCAUCAGAAACUGUUGUCGGGUGUUGCCCAUCGUAUGUGUUAAUUAUACCACCGUGGGAACCGCGUGCUAAUGGUAGAAGAGGUUACGCCUGUUCUCGGGGCAUAUUUGGCAAUACUUGCGUCACAGAAUAUACCUCAACCUCGAUCCCAACCGCGACCUGUGAGAGUGGAGUUACCGCUAGUUUCCAAUACUUGACGAUACCUUUCGUUGCGAACAUCACCGGCUCCGUCAAAUAUGCAUCGACCUUCACAGCCCUUGCUCCAUUAUUCCAACUUAAUUAUCAGUCCUCUGAUAUCUCCAGUACUUCCAAUACCGAGCGGACAGCGACAAGCGCAAGUAGUACGGCAUCGCUUCCCGUAGUGACAAUACCACGGUCAGACUCCCAACAAAGCCAAAGCCUGUCGGCUGGAGCCCGGGCUGGUAUAGGUUGUGGUGUUGGUUUGGGAGUCAUCCUACUGGGCAUCAUAGCCUUCUGCCUGAUUCGAUCGUGGAGACGAGGGCACAGUGUUACACCUGGCAAGGUACAGACGGACCCGUACUGUAAAUACUGCACAGCACCCCCUAGCUCCGAUAGAGGGAUCGUGGAGCUCGAAGCCUCUCAUGGAGUUAGCGAAAGACCUAAUAAUCAGAUGUAUAGAUAUUAG